UUAUAAGUGGCUGAUUGGUAAAUCUAGUAUUAAUUCAGUCAUGGCAGCUGACAUGGCAGGUAAAGAAACAAUUGAUGAGCUGUUGCUGAGGAUUUCAAAACAAGUGGGAAGUAACUAUCAUUCCCUUAGCGUUCAUCUGAAGAUUACUUCUGCUGAAAUGGAGAACAUCAAAGCGUCUAAUCCCCAUGAUGCAGAACAGUGGUCCUUUAGGACACUGAAAACCUGGCAACAAAGGCAAGCGGAUCAAAAUCUUCAAAACAUGAAGACCCAGUUGGCGGAGGCUCUUAUAAGGGCAGGGAGGCGAGACAUAGCUGUUACUGUGUAAAAUGACAAUGUGUGAUGUCCAUGUACCAAAGAGACCACAGCAUAGAACAUCAGCGCAAUUGACAUUUAAAGACAAUCAAAGACAAAUAUUUCUUGUGAGAUAUUAUGUACUGGUAUUUCUUUGUUUAAUAAAACGCACCA